ACGUUUUUUGUAUGAUAUUUCUUCUCGCUGGAACGAUCGCUACGUUUACUUUUCGCAAACUGUUGGUUCGCUUCGAGUAAGAACGAUUCCUUUUUCUCCCUCUACAAAUCAAAAUUUGGUUGUUUCCUUAUAAAGCAUAAAAGGAAAAAAAGGAAGAAAGGAAGAAAGAAAACGAAACCUGUUUGAGCGGUUCGUAGAUUUUUCGUUGUUUUUGAACAUAUUUGUACAAAACCUAAGUGAACCCUGAAAACAUUUGUUUGCUUCCAUUCUCUGGUUAUUCCUUGGUCUUCAAAUGGCUUCGACAGAAAUCGUCUUUAUUGUUACAUUGGUCUUGUAUUUAGUCAUCACAAGAUGGAAACGUAGAAAAGAAGAUUCGAUCAUCCCCGAGCCUGAACCAAAACAACCUGAAUGGAGAGACUAUAGCCCUUUGGAGCUUCGAGAGUUUAACGGGGUCCACCGUUCCUUAGUUUUUCUUGCCAUCAAAGGUACCGUGUACAAUGUAACGCUGGGAUCCAAGUUUUAUGGACCUAAAGGUCCUUACAGUGCAUUCGGUGGACACGAUGCAACUCGUGGACUCGCAAAAAGUAGUUUUGAUGACGAAUUUAUUCCAGAUUCAGAAGCUGAUGACUUGGAUGAUUGGUCGGAUCUAAACGACGAAGAAAAGCAAACACUUGAUGACUGGAAGGCUUUUUUCGAUCAAAAGUACCCUGCCGUUGGUCGUUUGAUUAGCAAUAAAGAAGCCUCUCAAGCUCGUACAAAGAUGAACAAUUCUCCCGAGAAAAAUUAAAAAGGAAAACGCUUAGCUCUACUGAAUUUUCCCACCUGUCUUUCUUUAGUUUCUUUGCUGUUCAGUAAUGAUAUUUUAUGAUAUUUUUUUCACUCCUUUAUAAGAUGUCCCUCUUGUAAAAAAAGUGAAAAAAGAAAAAUCAAAAGUUUGUAUCUGUACAAUUCAUAGAGUCCGUAAUGGUCGGCCCCUAAUUAAAAUCACAAUGGCCACAUAUAUUUGAAU